AUGCAUGGAAUUGUACUACUGCAACUUCCUGGCCAUACUACAAAUCGGUUACAGCCAUUAGACGUAAGCUUUUUUAAACCUAUGGAAUUCUAUUUUUCUCAAGGUAUUGAAACAUUUUUGAGAAGCAAUCCUGGUAACACUGUUACUCAAUAUAACAUGACUGGAUUGCUCUCUGAUGCCUAUGCAAAAACUGCAUCAAUAAGCAACAUAAUGGGUGGUUUUAAAAGAACUGGAAUAUGGCCGGUUGGCCGUACUGUAUUUUCUGAUGCAGAUUUUAUCGCUGCUAGCGCCUUGCUUGAAAAUGAUUCAGAAACAGCAAGGGAGGAUUUAGGGGCAAUAAAACCACGUGAAACGACUAUUGAGCCUGAAGACGAAGCUACUGAGCGACCAGUUAAAAGUAAUAGUACUGAACUAAACAACAAUUGCAACUCAACAGAUCUGAAUACCUCCAUUGAAGAAAUUUAUCCUUUACCUGAGAAUAAAGGUAAUGCUAAGAAAAGAAAAUUGUCUCAACCAGCCGUCAUUUUAAGCAGUACGCCCUAUAAAGAUGAAUUGGAGAGCAAGCGUAUUCAAAGGCAGAACUCAAUUAAAAAAGUAAAGAAAAAUCUCGGGCUUUCUUCUACUUCCCUUUUCGAAGCACGUGACGACCAAUCUUCCACUUCAAAAUCUGAUGUAGUAAAUGCUCAAAUUGAAUAUGAUACUACUGAAUGGUACUGCCAUAUAUGUGAAGAGAACAUUAUUGAGGAUAUGGUGAAAUGUAUGAAAUGUGAGAAAUGGGCCCACACAUCAUGUGCAGGAACUAAAAAGCAAAUAAAAAAAUAUGUGUGUGAGAACUGUAAAUAA